AUGUGGACCUACGACAGUCGGACCAAUUCUGAUCAGUCAGCUGCCCGCAGGUCCUUAAUAGCUUGUACCGGUGCCGUAUUGGAACCAGUAGUAAAACUGUCGAGAUGGUUUCGCGGGGGUCGUUCGGCACCAGCAAUAUCACCAGCAACAUCACUAACAACAUCACCAACAAAUAAAUUUGAGAAGACUUGGAGAAAGUAUAAAUUACUGGACACAGAAUGGAAAGAAGAGGGAAGGGAUGAACUGAAGGAAAAAGUACAUACGAUGCUUGGAGCCGACAAUUAUAACAUAGCAGUAAUUGGACCUCUGGGAAGUGGCAAAUCCAGUCUCAUUAAUUCGUACAUCAGUAUAAUGAACGAGCGUAUAUCAAGCAGAACCCAUGCUGGAUUUCUCUCAAGUUCCUUUACAUCAUAUUUUCAGCAAAUCCCUGGAAAAGGGAUGUUCAAAAAUAUAAUAUUUUACGAUACGAAGGGUAUUGAAGAGCUGGACAAAGGAAUACCUGAUGAGGACAUCAUAAAAAUAGCGGAAGGUCAAAUUCCUCCAGGAUAUAAGUUCGGAGAUUCAACCAAAAAAGAUACUAAGGUGGACGAAAAUUUGAGAAUUCACUGUUUAGCAUACGUCCUCGACGCAGAACAUGUGAAAGAUGGUUUGAAAGAUGAAUUUCGAAAGAAGAUUACAGACAAUAUGUCAAAAAUGAAACAUAUCUGUACAG